AUGUACAAGCCGUUGAUAACUGGUGGUAUGAACACGUUCUAUGUGUACGUGUUUCCAGUACAGUUCUUUUUGGGUGUGAUCGGCAACGCUUUGAAUCUUUGCGUGCUUCCUCAGCCGACACAUGCGGAAGCAUAUGUUUUCCCGGUACUGGGAAUCUCUUCACCGAUGCAUGCCCGAGGGGAAUGGCGAGAAUCACGAGUACGAUACUUGAUGAUGUUGGUGGUGGUGGGAAGUUUAUCACUGACUGCCUUCCACCAUUUCGAAUACAAGUAUGGGUACGCUACGAUGUGCAACGGAACGCUCACCUACGGGAAACUCGUUCCGAUAGACCGCCUCGUCCCGCACAUCUCUACUCUUCAAGUGCGUGUAGUGACGAUUCUCAAGACGUUACAAAUAAUUCUGGUGGUGAUUCUGCCGCUGAUUGGUAUUGUCGUCCUGAAUCUGAAGAUCAUUCUGGUAUUACGACGCAGUAGCGUGCUCGUCACCAGAUCGGCCAAGAGCAGCACCGAUGAUCCAAAUGAUGAAUUUCUUAGGGACACCGAUUCACGUCAGAAACGCGACCGAAAAGUCACCAUCACCGUGCUUGCCAUCAUCGCGUGCUUCUUCUUAACCCAUACACCAUCGACACUUCCGUUCAUUCUGGAGCUCAUCUCACCAAUAAUGACCCCUUCUCAACGAGAUUUUCAUCCGUCGACUUAUGCCAGAACUCGGUCCCAUAGUUCACGGAUGGCUGCUAACGGGAAAGGUGAUGAAUUUCGUGCUAUUCUGCAUGUCGUCGGUUUAUUUCAGGCGGCGGCUCCGAGCUAUAAUUUGGAGCAGGGUGAGUCUCAUUAA